UCUGGAGCCGUGCCUCUCGAUGCUCACGCCCUUCUCCCUGUCCGUACCUCUCUCCGUUUCUCUGCAACCAUCCUCCCCCCAUCCUGCCCCGCCACCGCCGCAGAGCCGAUGGCGGAACUCCAUCCUGGCGACCCCGUCCGUCACCCCCAACCCUGCUCCUUCCCCCGUCCUGGCUCCAUCCUGGUGGCUCGCUGGCCUACCAUCCGUCCGGCACUCUCCUGCCUCACACACCCACCACACCCUCUGCCGCCUGCGUUAUCUUCUCACCCCCUCUUCGCCCGGGCCUUCGCCGCUAACCCCGCACCGCUGACGGGGCGACAAUGCUUCCAGGGAAACGGCGCAACUUCUCCGCACCGCUUACGUUAGCAGGGUGUUGUGGCAAAAGCGACGCGUCGAUCCUGCCCGAGGAGCAGAGCUCGGGGUACCUAGCUGUCUGGACGAAGUUCAACAGAAGCCGGAGAGCCGGAGAGCUCGAGA